AUGGGCCUUGACCAGAACACUUUCCGGGUCAACAGACCCAUCAAUCAGAAUGCGGUCUGUGGAUUGAUCCUCUUCUGUCUCCCGGGCAUCUACACGGCUCUGACAGGCCUCGGGGCUGGGGGAGGCAAGGCGUCAUCGGGCACCGUGGCCAACCAGACCAAUGCCAUCCUCUACGGGCUGUUCGCUCUGUUCGCCUGCCUAGGUGGGACGAUUGUGAACCUCCUACGACCCCGUCUUUCCAUGUUUAUCGGCAGUUUCGGAUACCCACUAUAUGUAGGAGCCAUGUGGUACUACGAUCGCACGGGGCAUCCUUGGUUCCCACUCUUCGCGGGGGCGGUGCUGGGCACUCUCUGUGGCAUUCUCACCACUUGCUGUGGAAUGAUCGCCAUCUCCUACUCUGAAGAGAAGGAAAAAGGACUCUUCAUUGCGAUGCAGUGGGCAAUUCGGGCUGUUGGAGCAACCACCGCCGCGGCCAUCUCCUUGGGCAUCAACAUUGACAAGACGACCACGUCGGGAGUGGCGGAUAGCGUGUACAUUGCCUUUGUUGUUAUCCAAUGCAGCUCGCUCCUGCUCUCAGCGUUUUUGAUCGUAGACACCCGCAAGGUCAAGCGCGACAACGGAACCCAUCUGGCCAUUGUCAAGCAACCAACUUUAAUGCACGAGAUCAAAGCCCUGGCAAGGUGCUUUGCGGACAAACGUUUGCUUCUCCUAGUCCCCGCUUCGCUAGGCUAUGAGAUGGCUUUGGCGUUGGUGAGCACCAUCAAUGGAUUCUACUUCAAUCUCCGCACUCGCUCACUGAAUAAUUUCAGCUUCCAAGUGAUUCAACUGCUGGGCCCGAUCCUUAUGAUUCUGGGAUUUGAUGGUAAACACAUCCAGAGCCGCAAGACCCGCGGGCUGCUCGGUGUGGCGAUCACGGGCUCUAUUGCCGUUGGCGCAUGUACCGGCCUGUAUGGCUGGUUGGACGUGGUCAACUGGUCCAGUCUCACCGAGGCUCCCAGAACCGACUGGAGCAAUCAGCAUUACGGAGGCUUCUUCGUCAUCUAUCUGCUUUACGGCUUGAUCUAUUCUUGCUUCCAGAUGGCCGCGGAAUGGAUCAUUGCCAGUUUGUCCAACGACCCCAGCGUCCUGGCGCAGUAUGCGGGUUUCUUUCGCGGCCUCGCCAGUCUCGGUAUGUGCCUCUCCUUCAUCCUAGCAGCUCAGAAAGUGCCUCAGUACGGCCAGGUGACUUUUCAGUUGAUCCUUUACAUUCUCGGCAUCAUGGGGAUGGUCUGUGUGCUGGUCUUCUACGUCACACAAUCUAAUUACUUUCGUGAGGAUAAUACCAUCGCUCCUCAUAACGUCGAGCAAGAUGCCUUCGUGAGAGGGAAGUUGACGCAGGAGCAAUUGGAGCAAGAAUACCAGAAGGAGAAGAUCGCGGCCGGCCAAGGCACCCGGCGAGACCACCGGCGAGGAUACCAUCGAGCACACUCGGGAAGUGAAGGCGUAAGGAUUCUCCUGGAUAUGGCGAUGCGGAAAAUUAGAUGUUUUGGAGAUGGAGAUCUCUGGGUGACAGGAGAGAAAGAUGGCGAGGUAAAGGAGAUGGCAGGAGUGCCAGGGAGCUGGAUUAUCUGA